UAGCUGUGCUGCAGCAAUCCUCUGUCGGCGGAGCGCAUCUCCAUCUCGUAGUCGUCUCUUGCGUCGUGUGAGAUGGGAGAAAGCGUGGUGUGAGGGGGAAAAGCGCCCUCUUUUCCCGAUGGCUGUGUGAGGAUGAGACUACCCAGCUCUAUCUUUGUUUCGGUGUCGCUGUUUACCGCCGAGACGACGGCAGCUCUGUACCUAAGCUCCACAUACCGAUCUGCUGGGGACCAGAUCUGGCAGGGACUCACGCUGCUCUUCACGCUCGUGCCAUCUGUGCUGGUGCAGCUCACUCUUACCUUUAUUCAUAGGGACCUCAGCAGGGAUAGACCCCUCGUGCUACUGCUACACAUCCUGCAGCUUGGACCGAUUGUCAGGUGCCUGGAGGCCUUCUGGAUCUAUGGGAGCGUGGGAAGAGUAGAGGAGCCCUAUGUCAGCAUCACCAGGAAGAAGCAGAUGCCCAAGGACGGGCUGUCGGAGGAGGUGGAGAAGCAAGUGGGCCAGGCGGAGGGCAAGCUCUUCACCCACCGUGCUGCCUUCGCCCGCACCUCCGUCAUCCAGGCCUUUCUGGGCUCCGCCCCCCAGCUCACCCUGCAGCUCUACAUCUGCAUCCUGCAGCAGGCUGUGACCAUCGGGAGAGGUACGCUCAUGGUGAUCUCACUCCUGUCCAUUGUGUAUGGCGCCUUGCGCUGCAACAUCCUGGCCAUCAAGAUCAAGUACGACGACUACGAGGUGGACGUGAAGCCGGCUGCCUACCUGUGCAUCUUCCUGUGGCGCAGCUUCGAGAUCGCCACGCGUGUGGUGGUGCUGGUGCUCUUCAGCUCCGUGCUGCAGAUCUGGAUCCUGCCGGUGGUGCUGGCCAACUUCCUGGUCUUCUUCUCGUACCCGUGGCUCCUGUUCUGGCAGAGCGGCUCCCCGUUCCCGGAGAACAUCGAGAAGACGCUGACACGCGUGGGCACCACCAUCGUGCUGUGCCUGCUCACCUUCCUCUAUGCUGGCGUCAACAUGUUCUGCUGGUCAGCCGUGCAGCUGAAGCUCAAUGACCCGGACCUCAUCAACAAGUCUCAGAACUGGUACCGCAUGGCGGUGUACUACAUGCUGCGCUUCGUGGAGAACGCCACGCUCAUCCUGCUCUGGUACGUGUUCCAGACCGAGUUCUACCGCUUCGUCUGCGCACCGCUGCUGGUGCUGCAGCUGCUUAUCGGCUACGCCAUCGGCAUCUUCUUCAUGCUGGUCUUCUACCAGUUCUGCCACCCCUGCAAGAAGCUCUUCUCCUCCAGCAUCUCACAGGGGAUGUGGGAGUGCUCCAGCUUCCUCUGCCUGCUGUGCAGGCCCCGCGGUGGGGGCGGGGGGGUGGCUGUGGAUGGGGCAAGCCCCGCCGACAAGGAGGCUCUGGAGCCACCUGCCUCAGACAAGGACAUUGCCAAUGACACAGCCGAGAUAAAUGGCAAUCUCAGCCAGAGCCUGUCCAGCAACCCUUGAACCUCAAAAAAAGGCUGCAACAAGUGUCCCUUGCAUUAACCCCCGUGCCACCGUCCAAAACAGCCCAUGAGGACGAUGCCAAGCAGAAGGGAGAGGGCCGUGACUUCUACCCCGUUGUUCAUGGGUGCGAGUUGCUCACAGGAAUCACACCUUUCCCACAUGUGUAACAUACAGUCCUUAGUGAUGAGGUGUCACUUACCUUUAAGCCUCUUGUCUGUCAUUUGAUGAGAUAUGACUGAAACCCCUCCCUUCCUCUGCCCCCUGCACACACCUGUUUGCUCCCUGAGGCGGUGAUGCUAGGAGAGAAUCGUGGUGCAGUUUUUCGCUUCGCAUCAGUCCUACAUUCCUCAUGACUGCGGAUCAGCCACACCCUGAACGCCAGAGCGCAUUUUCACAGCGCAGAUGCCUGUCCUGGCUGUGUGCCCUGCUCCCUGCACUGCUCCGCUUCUUCAGUAUGCGAGAAAAACCACCCUGCACUGAGACCUUAAAGCUUUCGCAUUACGUUUCCCUGAGUAUUUUUGAUGCUGUAUUGUUUGAAAGCACAUUCACAGAGACAAUGCGUCUGCAGCACAGACUUGAAGUGGCCAUAUUUUUCUAAGCCAUUCAGCUCCACAUCUGCUUUUCACAUCUUAAGAGAGGAGAGUUUGCACAGCAAUGGUUUUAAUUUAAGGGCUGUUGUGUUUGGUAUUGUUAUUCUUUUUUAAAGAACCAUGCUUAAUUUCAAGGUUUGCUUUCUCCUCAUCUUGUGGGGAGGAGCACUUGUGUGUUUUGAAAAAAGCUUUAUCACAUGGCCUGUCUCACAUGCAGUCAGGCGUCACUUGAAGCUAGGUGUCAGGCUGAGAGCCUCAGAGUUUUCAGUUCCCUUACUGUUGCUGCAAGUUGUUUGGGUGUUUCAGUUCGCCUGUCAGUUUUACCAAAUCUCUCCUGCACCCCUGGGCCUUGGAACCGCAAUAUGUCACAAUGUACUUGACAAAGAGAAUUGCUAAAUAUCUGUCAGAGUAAAUAUGUGUUUGUUAGUUGGUAUGUUGGGAGUGAAUGUGUCUCUGCUUAGAAUAGGUCUUUGUCUUUUAAUUUUUUAAAAAUAUGUUUGUUUUUGCACUAUUCUUCACUUUAGCAAUGCAGUUGUGCCAGGUUGAAAAAAAUGUUGUAUAAUAUAAAGGGUACAUGCAGUUACACACACUCAUGAAUUAAAUUAGUUUUUGAAAUCCCCAAAAAUGUGUAUGUAAAUAGUAAUGUACAGUGAAUAUAAACACUAAAAUCUAAAUGAUAUUUAAUGAUAUCAGCAUGUAGUUAAAAAAUGAAUUGACAAAAGAAUUUGAGGAUGGAGCCAUAAUUUGUCUAAUAAUUUAUGUGUUCACAGUUGUUGAAUGAAUACUUAUUUUAGCAAACAUAUUGUUCAUUUGCAUUUUAACAACCAUUUACAAGUCAUUUUAGCACUUGUACUAUACUGACUUCUAGUGGCCAAAGAAGAAAAUUUGUGUUUCUCACAGUCUCAGCCAUUGCUACAGAAUGUCCUUGCCCCGGCGUUUUCAGUCCCUCAUCAGCAAACACUGAAAGACAGAGCCAGGACUCCCAUGAAGCCAAAUCCUGUUGCAAAUAAUUCUGCAUUUCAGUUCUGUAAAUAGGCUGCAGGAGUUAAUUAUUGCAUGCAACUCCCCCAUUUGUCCUCACAAUGGAUACAAUGGCAAGUUUGGCUGCAUUAAAUAUUUUACCUUAACAUUUGUUUUCAUUGUUUUGAAGAUCCCCUACUUCUUCUUUGGAGCCCUGGAUGAAGACCUCUGUUGUUACCUAAAACUAAGCACUGAAAUGAUUUGUUGUCGAAUCUGAGGUCUGCUUCAUGCUAAAGGAGUCUGUGACACAGAGAGUUGACCUUUUCCAUAUCCUAGAAAGAUGAUUAACUUGAAACGCGUCAGGAGGGUGAGCCUUAGAGCGCGUACAGAAGAGGUUGUGCUGAAGCAGGUUUCCUGGUCUGUGAUUUUCCCUUGUUGAUCACCUCCUGAAAGACCCCUCUACUGACAGUAUUAGAGCAAGGCCAGCUGCACUGCACAUGUUUGGCAAUCGGUUUCUUCACUGUUAGAUAUUGAAUGUACCAGUGUACAAUCUUACAGUAUUCAGCUGUUUUCAUGAAAUGCAGCC